AUGAAUACUACUACUAUCCUACAAGAGAUUUUGAUUAAAAGAUCACAGCAGAAGAAGAGGACUUCUCCCUUAAACUACAAAGAGAGGCUUUUUGUGCUUACAAAGUCUAUGCUAACAUACUACGAAGGUCGAGCAGAGAAAAAGUACAGAAAAGGAUCUGUGGAUAUUUCAAGGAUUAAAUGUGUAGAAGUUGUAAAAAGUGAUGGUAUUAUUCCAUGUCAAAAUAAAUAUCCUUUUCAGGUUGUGUAUGAUGCUAACACACUUUAUAUUUUUGCACCGAGUGCACAAAGCCGGGAUCAGUGGGUGAGGAACCUGAAAGAAGAAAUAAAGAACAACAGCAAUAUAAUGGUAAAAUAUCAUCCUAAAUUCUGGACAGAGGGAAUUUAUCAAUGCUGUAGGCAGACAGAAAAAUUAGCACCUGGCUGUGAAAGAUACAGUCUUUUUGAAAACAAUGUAAUGAGAUUAUCCUCCUCGAUGCCAGAAAAAAGUGCGCGAAGGCCUCCUCCACCUGUUCCUCCAGUUGAAGAAAAUGGGAAUGAAGAGGAGGAGAUAGUGGUAGCAAUGUAUGACUUUGAACCUACAGAACACCAUGAUUUAAGACUAGAGAAAGGUGAAGAAUAUACAGUGAUUGAGAAGAACGACAUCCAUUGGUGGAGGGCAAGAGACAAAUAUGGAAAACAAGGAUAUAUUCCAAGCAACUAUGUAACAGGAAAGAAGUCCAACAACCUUGAUCAAUAUGAGUGGUACAGCCGAAACCUGAACAGAAGCAAGGCAGAGCAGCUCCUCAGAAAUGAGGAUAAAGAAGGUGGUUUUGUCGUGAGAGACUCCAGCCAGCCUGGCCUGUAUACUGUUUCCCUUUACACAAAAUUUGGAGGGGAAGGUUCAUCAGGAAUAAGACACUAUCAUAUAAAAGAAACAGUGACGUCGCCAAAACAGUACUACCUCGCAGAAAAACAUCUCUUUAACUCCAUUCCAGAAAUAAUUGAAUAUCACAGCCAUAAUGCAGCAGGUCUCGUUACCAGGCUGCGUUACCCGGUGACCCCAAAGAGGACGACAGCACCGACAACGGCAGGAUUCAGCUAUGAGAAAUGGGAGAUUAACCCCUCAGAACUGACAUUCAUGAGGGAGCUGGGGAGCGGUCUGUUCGGCGUGGUGCGCCUCGGGAAGUGGAGGGCACAGUACAAAGUGGCCAUCAAGGCAAUUCGGGAAGGUGCCAUGUAUGAAGAGGACUUCAUUGAAGAAGCUAAAGUAAUGAUGAGGCUAACACAUCCUAAACUAGUUCAGCUGUAUGGUGUGUGCACACAACAGAGGCCCAUUUACAUCGUGACAGAGUUCAUGGAGCAUGGCUGCCUUCUCAAUUACCUGAGACAAAAACGGGGAGUUUUGAGUAAAGACACUCUGCUUACUAUGUGCCAGGAUGUAUGUGAGGGAAUGGAGUACCUGGAGAGGAACAGCUUUAUCCACAGAGACCUGGCUGCCAGAAACUGCUUGGUGAGUGACUCAGGAGUGGUCAAAGUCUCGGAUUUUGGAAUGACGAGGUAUGUCCUUGAUGACCAAUACACAAGUUCUUCAGGGGCUAAAUUUCCUGUGAAAUGGUGCCCCCCAGAAGUCUUUAAUUACAGCCGAUUCAGCAGCAAGUCAGAUGUCUGGUCAUUUGGUGUUUUAAUGUGGGAAGUAUAUACAGAAGGAAAAAUGCCUUUUGAAAAAAGCUCCAACUAUGAAGUGGUAACAAUGGUUAGCCAAGGACAUCGCUUGUAUCGGCCCAAACUGGCCUGUAAGCAGAUGUAUGAAAUGAUGAUGAUGUGCUGGCAGGAGAAACCAGAGGAACGCCCGACUUUUGAAGAGUUGCUUCAUGCAAUCAUUGACAUUGCAGAGGGUGAAGAUGCUUUUUGAAAAAAGGCAACAGCAGCACAAGCAGAGAAAAUCAGGCACUUCCCAUAGAUAUGUGGCUUCUUAGUUUCUUUUUAAGAACUUGAUCCUGUAAGCUGUUGGGUGCUGCUAAAUAAACAAUGUGGGGGACAUGUAAUAUCUGAUGCACUCCAUAACAAGGAGAGUUUUCCAUGAUGGGAAAUGAGCACAGUAUCUUCAGCAAUACUAGUAAUCUCUAUAUUUUCUCUAAAAAGUCAGCAUUGCAUAGCUGCAAAGUUGAGCUCAUUAUGGAGGGAGAAAAUGUGGCCAGAGGCCAGGAACCUCGUUUGCAUUUAGUGGGCUGGGUUCAUGUACAUACAGUCCAUGUUUUUGGGUUUCUCUUUACAUGGGCAGUAGCAUUAGUAGUGAUUUGUAUGCUUAAAAAUGGAAGAUGUCGAUAAAUGGCUUUUUACUGACACCGAAAUAUUUCCAGAGAUACUUCAGAAACAUUGUUUUUCUUGGCUGAUGGGUGUUUAUCAAGAUGAAAUGCACCUCUUUCAUUUGCACAUGGUAUGUUCUUACCAGCUCAGUUUAGCAUAACACUCUGAAAGCUGUGCUUCAUGAGCCAUGAUAUGCCUGGAGUCAUUGUAAAGUUGGUUUACCAGAGACCUCUCAUGCUUAGUCUUCAUGUUACUAAUGAAAAAUAAGUCCAAGAGUCAGCACAACUGGCUGUCAGUGAACCAUAGUACCAUGUUUUGGAUUAAUUAUAAAAUUAUUUAUAUGCUGUAUGUACUGUAAAUAUAUAAAUUGAAUGCAUUUAUUUAUAUAAAGUGGGGGGGGUUUGUCUUGAAAUGUUCAAGCACAAAUUUGUCCUUUCUUCACUUAAACACACAAUUCUCUGCAGGGGGUUGUAAAUGAAAGAAAUUCUCGAAUGUGUUUAAGAAGGGCUCUUGUUUCUUGCCUGUACAUACAGUGAUCUAACCUUUCUGUUCAUAACAGACGAGAUAUCAUACUCCGUGUGUGUAAAUAAACUGAAUCUUAACUAUUGUUUGGAA